CCCUUCACCCGGCGGCACCCUGACUGCCCGCAGAACACAUCACCAGACUCACAGAAGUUAUCUCUGAAAGUGGGGUAGCUUUUCACUUGUUAUGGCUGACCAGACUGUCGUGGAGAAAAUGAGCGAAUUGCAAGUGGACGCCGGGAAAAAGGGAGGAACUGAAAGUGGUAAAGAUGGAGGAAAGAAGAAGGCUAAAAGUGCUGCUGGAGAGUCUGGAGGCAGGGCUGAGCUAUCGCAACCACCUCAGUACAUCGAUGAGCGUCUUGCUUUGUACACAAAACUGAAAGCUGAGCACGAUGCCCUGAUGGCAGAGAGGGCUGCGAAGAAUAGCCGAGCCAUCAAGGUGACCCUGCCCGAUGGAAAGGUGGUGGAGGCUGAGUCCUGGAAGACCACACCGUACCAGGUGGCCUGCGGAAUCAGUCAGGGCCUCGCGGACAACACAGUAAUUGCAAAAGUGAACAACGGUGUGUGGGACUUGGACAGACCUUUAGAGGAUGACUGCAGCCUUCAGUUGCUCAAGUUUGAUGACGAGGAGGCUCAAGCUGUUUAUUGGCACUCCAGCGCCCAUAUCUUGGGUGAGGCCAUGGAGAGGGUGUAUGGAGGCUGCCUCUGCUACGGUCCCCCCAUUGAGAACGGCUUCUACUACGACAUGUUCCUGGAGAACAAUGAGGGUGUAUCAAGCAAUGACUUCCCAUGUCUGGAGAACUUGUGCAAGAAAAUUAUCAAGGAGAAGCAGCCAUUUGAGAGGCUGGAGAUAAAGAAGGAGACUCUGUUGGAAAUGUUCAAGUACAACAAGUUUAAGUGUCGCAUUCUGAAUGAGAAGGUCACCACUCCCACUACCACAGUUUACAGGUGUGGUCCCUUAAUUGAUUUGUGUCGGGGGCCCCAUGUGAGACAUACUGGGAAAAUCAAGGCACUGAAGGUCCACAAGAAUUCGUCUACAUACUGGGAAGGAAAGGCGGACAUGGAAACCCUCCAGAGAAUCUACGGAAUCUCCUUCCCUGACCCCAAAAUGCUCAAAGAGUGGGAGAAGUUUCAGGAGGAGGCCAAGAACAGAGAUCACCGCAAACUAGGCCGGGAGCAGGACCUGUUCUUCUUCCAUGACCUGAGUCCAGGGAGCUGCUUCUUCCUGCCGAAGGGAGCCUUCCUCUACAACACCCUGAUUGAAUUCAUCAGAAGUGAGUACAGGAAGAGGGGUUUCCAGGAGGUGGUGACGCCCAACAUCUACAACAGUAAGCUGUGGCAGACCUCUGGACACUGGCAGCACUACAGCGAGAACAUGUUCUCCUUUGAGGUCGAGAAGGAGACCUUUGCCCUCAAGCCCAUGAACUGCCCGGGACACUGUCUGAUGUUCGAUCACCGGCCACGCUCUUGGAGGGAGUUGCCCCUUCGCAUGGCAGACUUUGGCGUCCUGCACAGGAACGAGCUGUCGGGAGCCCUGACCGGUCUCACCCGCGUCCGCCGCUUCCAGCAGGAUGAUGCUCAUAUCUUCUGCACCAUGGACCAGAUUGAGGAGGAGAUCAAGGGCUGCCUGGACUUCCUGCGGACUGUUUAUGAAGUGUUUGGCUUCACUUUCAAACUCAACCUGUCCACAAGACCGGAGAAGUUCCUGGGAGACCCAGACGUCUGGGACAAAGCAGAAAAGCAACUGGAGAACAGCUUGAAUGACUUUGGGGAGAAAUGGGUUCUCAACCCUGGCGAUGGAGCUUUUUAUGGACCAAAGAUCGACAUUCAGAUCAAGGAUGCCAUUGGCCGGUACCACCAGUGUGCCACAAUUCAGCUUGAUUUCCAGCUCCCCAUCCGCUUUAAUCUCACCUUUGUCAGCCAUGACGGUGAUGACAAGAAAAGACCAGUGAUCAUCCACAGAGCUAUCCUGGGAUCAGUAGAGAGGAUGAUCGCUAUUCUGACUGAAAACUACGGAGGCAAAUGGCCACUGUGGCUCUCUCCUCGCCAAGUCAUGGUUGUACCCGUGGGGCCGACCUGUGAGGAGUACGCUCAGAAGGUCAAGGAGGAAUUUCACAACAGCGGCUUCAUGACCGAUGUGGAUCUUGACGCCGGCUGCACUCUGAACAAGAAGAUCAGAAAUGCACAGUUGGCGCAGUACAACUUCAUCCUGGUGGUGGGAGAGAAGGAGAAGACGAGUAACACUGUGAAUGUACGCACCCGGGAUAACAAAGUCCACGGCGAGCGCACUGUGGAGGAGUGCAUUGAGCGUCUGAAACAGCUUAAGACCACCAGGAACCGAAACGCUGAGGAGGAUUUCUGAACUUUCUCAAACUCGCUGCUCAGUUUGUCCUUCUUUCCAAAGUAACCGGCCAUGUGGUUGAAAUCAGGUUGUGAUGAGGGAUAAAACUACUGGUGCCUAUUCUCUGCUUUUUUAUCUCCUUGAAAUCACACUGAACAUCUUCUUUUUGUGGUGUCUUCCAUUGUCUCUUAACUGUAUCACUCUGUUUUUGGUUAUCAAGGCUCAUGGUUGUUGUACUAAUGGUAUGAUGCACAAUGCAUUUACAGAAAUACAGCCAGCUCUGAUGCGAUCAGGUCUUUGCGCAGCCGUACAAUGAAUAAAUAGUACCAUAAAAAGUCUCUGAAAAACCUUUUCCAUAUACAUGAUGAAAUUAAAACCAAGGGGAAAUGGUUUGUAAUACUGUCUUACCAGUUUAUAUCAGUGGUUUGUUUCUUCAGGGAAUUGUACACAAGUUACAGUUUUGAUAAUUAAACAAUCUAUUCCUGA